CAGUUCAGUCGUCCACUGCCGCUCGAAGGAGGUAGAUCUGACAGAAAGUAGAGUUAAAAGUAGUCAGCUACUUCAGUUGAGAUUCCUUGCGUUUCUUCAAGACGCGUUCGAGGCCUUCGGAAUCGAAGAAGCUCGAGUAUAUUGAGUGCGAUCCGAAGAGACUGGAUGGCUGGAAAACGAAGAGGAGCGGUAGUUGAUUAAUCUACAUCAACUGUGUUAUUUCACGGUGUUGUUCAUCGUUGCGGACUUCAACGAGCUCAGGCGAUUCGCCGACGAUUGCGGAGUAUUUUGAAGGUAGUUAACGGGAUUAAAGACUGGAUUUCGUCGAAUCAAGUGGCUUAGGAAAGUGAUUUGGAAAAUUUCAACGUGAAGGUGGCAUUCAAAGUUCAGACAAUAGAUCGAUGGAUCGAUGCUAACUUUACGAUAAUCGUAUCGAUCGUUGAUCCGGUGGGACGCCCGUUUCUAGUGUUUGAUCCCGCGUGAAAUCAAUUGGAUCGUUCAGUUGAUUAUUGACACACAGAAGAUUAGGAGCGACGGACUUUCUUCUUAGGAACCGAACAAGUUUAUUUGUGAUUCGUUUGGGAGGAGUUCAGCGGAAAAUGAGGAACCUAGUCGAGAAGCAGUUAUCCUGGCUGGCACUCAUCGUCACUGGCUUCUACUCAUUGCUGGGAAGCUGUCGCAGCGAGGAGUGUGGCCACGAGAGAUUAGUGAAGUGUGGCAGGCCACUGGAGAGAAUCAACACCAGUAAUUUCGUCGAGACGAAGGAAGAGCUCCAACGUGUCUGCCCAGACUUCGAGGCAGGGAUGAAGUGUAUUCAGACGUAUACACUGGACUGCUUGCAGGAGAAACAAAGGGAGCACUUCAACUCGUUGUACCUAAGCACGUACAAGGUGGUCAUGGAGCUGUGUCAAGAUGGCCCUUACCAGGACGAGUUUUUGAGACACACUCGGUGCAUGAAAACGGUGCAACCGGAGUAUGAAUUGUGUUCGAAGAGGUACCAGAAGACGACGCAGGAGCUCGAACAGAAGAACCAGACGAGCCCACAGGAGACCAUGAAGCCCCUCUGUUGCGGUUUCAAGGGGUUCCUAGAGUGUGCUCACCACACGAUACGUCGUGCCUGCGGCGAGGAGACCGCUCAGUUCGGCAAGGAGUUCCUCGACAGGAUGUCUAGCUCGCUCCUAAGGUCGCAUUGUGCACCGUUUACAAAUGAAGUCUGCACGAUUGGCAAUAGCAGUGGGCACCUAUUGCCAUCGUUACUGGCAGUCCUCCUGUGCUUGGGUCUGACGAUCGCCAGGUAUUUCACGUAAGGGAAGAAGAAGAAAUUAUCUCUGUGCCAAGAGAGCCGAGCUUCCCUCAUUUAACUCAAAAAACCAUUCUAAGAAGCUUUCGACGAGGCAGUCAGCUUUUGUAUAAAUCGCAAAAAAAUAAUUAUAAAAGAAGCUUCGAAGGAGGAAUGAAGACGGCAAUCCUAAGGAGGUUGAGAGAGGAGGAAAUAAUUCUAAGAAGCUUCAGAGAAGAGGGACGAAGAGAAGAAUUAGAAGAGGGAGCUUCGAGGAAGGAAUAAAGCAGGCAAUUCUAAGAUGAUUGAGAGAGGAGGAAAUAAUUCUAAGAAGCUUGGAGGGUGAGAAAUAAAGAAACUUGGAGAAGAAGAAUGCGAAGAAAACCAUUAGAAGAAUGCGAAGAAAACCAUUAGAAGAAGAAGAAGCUUGAAGGAAUAGAAAUCUGGGAAAGAUCCUGAGGAGCUUUCUCUCUCUUGCAAACUUCCUUUCAUCCUCCUAUCUAAGGAACGAUUAAGCGAUAAGAGAAGAAGCAGAAGAAGGAGGCUAAACAAUUAAGUGUUACAUCUAAGACACGUUCGUAUUACUCGAGUGUCUCAUCCACCCGAACGAGAUGCCGCAGCUAUCGUUCAGCCAUCCACUAAACAGCAUUAAACUAACAAUGCAUUAAACAAAUGACUAGAAUACACAAGAAUUCAAUCUACACAGGAUGAGACAAGUGAGCAAAUAACACAUGGAAUAAACUGCACAUUAAACAAUCUAUUAAACGACACACAAUCUGAAACUCUGAACGCAAGAGCGAAGAAUUGUUUAAUAAAAGUAUGGAAGAUGGAAUCUCAGGACACUAUAUUUCCCCGAGUGAUAAAUCGUGGGAUAGGGGAUUCUAAACAUGUAUUUAAAGAAGAUUCACAGCGCGCGAACUCUUCUUGGAAAUCCUCGGUUCGUCUUAGUAACCACCACCCCCUUCAUUAACCGGAUGGCAUCCUCUUUCUCAUAAAUAAAGAUAUUUAUUUAUCCCAAACCUUCCCAAUCACACCACGGAUUCUUCGAUUCAUCGAGGUACGUCGAGUUAUGUAUUUCAUUUAUAUUAGAUUAAUCAAACGUGUGAUCUGGCGACUCGGAAAUUGAUCUAACUUGUUCGAGCCGUUUUAUCAACAUUAAAUGAUUCAUAUUAAAGUCAAGUUCAAUGCAAUUUUAACUAUAAUUCAAUUAAAAACAAUCGAAAUUAAAUUCUAGUCUCCUUUUGAUGUAUGAAUAAUUAAAACUUCUUAUUAAUUCGUUUACAUUUUACUUGGUAAUGUAUAUUUGAGUUAACAUUUGGCUCUGUUCUAUCCACAAUUAAAUCCAUUUUGCACUUGAAAAUUUAUUUAACAUACAAAUAAUAAAUUGAACGAGCGAAAUCCGUGCGCUCUCUAAAAAGAAGCUCCGAGUAGAUUUCCCGUAUUAAGUAAAGUAAGUUAAAGGGUCGUACGAAUCGACGACUAGGCAAAUCCUAAUAGCAAAUACUGUGAGAGGCACACGUGGUAAUUCCUGAAUUUACGAUUGUUGCUCGAAUCCAACAUACGGUACGGCUGUACAUACAAACCUUGCCAGUUGUACAGUUUAUCGCGAUUUAGUAUUAGUGUGACUGGUUAUUAUUUAUGGAGCGUGAGUCGUCUUCAAUAGAUUUAAUUAUUAUUAAUUGUAUGAAACGUAUUGAGAUUCUUCGAAAAAAUAAAUAGAAAGAAUUAUUUAAUU